UAGUGCGUCGCGGUUGGUCUACGAGGCAACAACUCAAGACUCGGGAGCUCCAUCCAUAGCUCCAUAGCUCUCGGUUUCGGUUUCGGUUUUGGAUUUGGCUUUAAGUUUUAAGUUUUGGUUUGGGACUCGGUGCACCACACAUAAACCUACGACUGCUUCGCGUUGCGUGACAAUAGACCUGGCGAAUCUCCCCGCCUUUUCGAGUGCCUGUGAGCGAGUGGGAAAUUGGCAAAUACAACAAUAGAAAUCCACACAACAAAAGGCAUCCAAAGCUGUUUUUAAUUGUGCACAAACGGCGGCUUGAAAAGCUUUGGAAAACCAAGACCGCAAAUAAAUUAAAACUAAAACUAAAUCGGCAACAAGUUGAUUGAAACUCAAUCUCAAACCCAACCAACUGGCAUAGCAGGCCGAGAAAACCGAAUCGGCGAAAUAAUAAAAUCAAACGUUCAAGACCGAGCUCAAGAUGUCGGGCUUACGCAAAACCUCCAUUGCGCUGAUGAGACGCUCCACUUCCAGCACCUCCAUACUGCCGCAUUCUGGGGGCGGUGGUGCGGUGUCGCCACCCAGCAGCGGAGUGGGCGUGGCGACGGAAAUUGAAAAAUCAAUUGCAAUGCAGCGACUGCGGCCGGGAGAGUCGGCAAAUCUGAAGAAAUUAAAUGUCAGCCAACAAGCCGUGGCAGCAGCAGCUACAACUAAGGCAACAACAACCGCAUUACCGGCAGAAGCCGUCACUUUUCCUACGGCUGCAGUGCGUCCCUACUCGGAAGUGCCGGGUCCAUAUCCCUUACCACUAAUUGGCAACUCCUGGCGCUUUGCUCCUCUAAUUGGAACAUACAAAAUUAGUGACUUGGACAAGGUUAUGAAUGAGCUGCACGUGAACUAUGGGAAGAUGGCCAAAGUGGGUGGUCUGAUUGGUCACCCGGACCUGCUGUUUGUCUUCGAUGGAGACGAGAUUCGUAACAUAUUCAAGAAGGAGGAGGCAAUGCCACACCGACCGUCGAUGCCCUCACUGCGCCAUUACAAGGGCGACCUGCGACGCGAUUUCUUUGGCGAUGUGGCCGGCCUAAUUGGCGUGCACGGACCCAAGUGGGAGGCCUUCAGGCAGGAGGUGCAGCACAUCCUGCUGCAGCCGCAGACGGCCAAGAAGUACAUUCCGCCGCUAAAUGACAUUGCCAGCGAGUUUAUGGGCCGUAUUGAGCUGAUGCGCGACGAAAAGGACGAGCUGCCUGCCAAUUUCCUCCACGAGCUCUACAAAUGGGCCUUGGAAUCUGUGGGUCGCGUUUCCCUGGAUACAAGGUUGGGCUGUUUGUCGCCCGAAGGCAGUGAGGAGGCCCAACAGAUCAUCGAGGCCAUCAACACGUUUUUCUGGGCGGUUCCGGAAUUGGAGCUGCGAAUGCCCCUGUGGCGAGUAUAUCCCACUAAGGCGUAUCGCAGCUUCGUCAAGGCUUUGGAUCAGUUCACAGCAAUUUGCAUGAAAAACAUUGGCAAGACCAUGGACAAGGCCGAUGCCGAUGAGGCUAGGGGUUUGUCUAAAUCGGAGGCUGAUAUAUCCAUUGUAGAGAGAAUUGUGCGAAAGACGGGCAAUCGAAAACUGGCUGCCAUUUUAGCACUCGAUUUGUUUCUGGUGGGAGUGGAUACGACCUCGGUGGCCGCUUCAUCCACAAUUUAUCAGCUGGCCAAAAACCCAGACAAGCAGCAGCGACUCUUCGAUGAGCUGCAAAAGGUGUUUCCCAGUCGCGAAGCUGAGAUCAACCAGAAUGUCCUGGAGCAGAUGCCUUACCUGCGAGCCUGUGUGAAGGAAACUCUACGUAUGCGACCCGUGGUAAUUGCUAAUGGUCGAAGUCUUCAGUCGGAUGCUGUCAUCAAUGGUUACCAUGUGCCCAAGGGCACCCACGUUAUUUUCCCCCAUUUGGUUGUUUCAAACGAUCCCGCAUAUUUCCCAGAACCCAAGCGUUUUUUGCCGGAACGUUGGCUGAAACAGUCAGCGGCAGAUGCAGCUGGCUGCCCUCAUGCCAGCCAGAAAAUUCACCCGUUUGUGAGUUUGCCCUUUGGCUUUGGACGUCGCAUGUGCGUGGGUCGACGUUUUGCCGAAAUCGAGUUGCACACUCUGCUGGCCAAGAUCUUCCGCAAAUACAAGGUCUCGUACAAUUCUGGGGAGUUUGUGUACCGAGUGAACUCCACCUACAUCCCGCAGUCGCCUCUAAAUUUUAAGCUAACGCUGAGGGACGAGUGAGCAGUCUCCACCGAAGGGAACUGGAGGCCCUGAGAGCUCUGCACUGAGCCCAGCCUCAAAGCUGCAGUGACACACGGCGGAUGUGUGAUAUUUAUAGUCAAAGCCCAGCUGCUUCUGCUGCUGCGAUGUUUCUUUUUAAUUAAGCAAAUGUAAAUAACACAGUCCGACCAUUUCAGCACAUAUAGCUACGAGCGUAUUUAUGUGGGUGCGUGUAACUGAACAAACGUUGUGUAUUUAUGUGGAUACAUGUGUAUAUAGAACCCAUUAUAAUCCCCCAUAUUUAGUUGUAGUUUUUUUUCGAAGAAUAAUUGUACCUAAUAAAGCGUCGAAAAAGUAUGCAA